UGUGGCGGAGAGAACCCGGAAGUGGAGAGAAGCUGCCUGUCUGUCACGCCGGGGAUACGGGGCUGGGGGGUGAGCGGAGACCGGAGCCGGGGGAGAGGUCGGGAAGUGAGAAGAAGGAUCCGCCGAAGGUGAGGGGGAGAGCGGUGACAGCGCGGCUCUUCUACCGCCACGUCACGUCUGUGUUUACCAGAGACACGUCAUCCGCCCGGGGCAUGCCGGGAAAUGAGACUGACAGCCCGGAGCAUGGAGCCCUGUAAUCACCGGAGACCGGAACCCUCCGCCUGACCGGGGACACCGAGUGUGCAGAGCGAACCCUCCACCACCCCCCGAUACCGAUCCCCAGAAAAAAGGACCAAUCAGGACUCUGCUAAUCUGCGGGGCCCCUCCUUUUCCAGGAUCAGAGGAAGGUGGCCCCGAGGACGCUGUGAGCUGAAUUGUAUUACAGAAGGAGGAGAACUAGUCACCUGACCCGGAUUGUCAUAUAAAGAGGGAAUACAAAGUGACAUUCGCUGCUCAGGAGUUACAAGUUACAUCUCUUCCAACUUCACACCCCUCCCCCACCAAGAUCCCAGACCGCCAUAUCGGAUCUCUUCCCAGUUACCGAUUCGUCCGCUUUCACCUUUCCGGUCAGAUAUCGGACUUCCCAUUUCUGUGCCGGCAGGAAGUUUUCUGUUUUUCUCUCCAAGUUGCAGUUUUGUCUUUUUUUUUUGUUUUUUGGACUCGUUUUAAAGGAAAAAUUCUAUAUUUUGUAUUUUUGGAACGUCCGAUGUAACUUUUUAUUUUUGCACAAUUGAAUAUAUAUAUCUUUAUUUUGUAUAAUAUAAUUUAUUUAUACAUCUCCACGCAACAAAGAUGGCGGCUUCUUACUGGGGACUCAUCAUGAACAUUGUGAACAGCAUAGUGGGGGUCAGCGUGCUGACCAUGCCGUUCUGCUUUAAAGAGUGCGGUGUUGUGAUGGGCACUCUGCUCCUCAUGUUGUGCUGCUGGAUGACCCACCAGUCCUGUAUGUUCCUCGUCAAAUCCGCCAGUCUGAGCAAACGCAGGACCUACGCGGGGCUCGCCUUUCAUGCCUAUGGAAAAGCUGGGAAAAUGCUGGUGGAGACGAGUAUGAUUGGACUGAUGCUGGGGACCUGCAUCGCCUUCUAUGCUGUCAUCGGAGACCUCGGUUCCUCUUUCUUUGCCCGUUUGCUUGGCCUUCAGGUGACGGAAGGAUUCCGUAUCUUCCUCCUCUUCGCCGUAUCGCUGUGCAUCGUUCUCCCGCUUAGUCUUCAACGCAACAUGAUGGCCUCCAUCCAGUCAUUCAGCGCUAUGGCUCUCAUUUUCUAUACAGUCUUCAUGUUUGUGAUCAUUCUCUCCUCAUUCAAACACGGCCUCUUCAGUGGGCAAUGGGUGCAGCAGGUCAGCUACGCUCGCUUCGAAGGAAUGUUCCGCUGCAUUCCCAUCUUCGGCAUGUCCUUUGCCUGCCAAUCCCAAGUCCUCCCCACAUAUGACAGUCUGGAUGAACCUUCUGUGAAAACCAUGAGUUCCAUCUUCGCCCGUUCUCUGAAUAUUGUCACCAUAUUCUAUGUCCUGGUUGGUUUCUUUGGUUACGUCAGUUUCACAGAAACGAUCGCCGGCAACGUGCUGGUCAACUUCCCGUCCAAUGUGGUGACUGAGAUGAUCCGAGUGGGCUUCAUGAUGUCAGUGGCGGUUGGGUUUCCGAUGAUGAUCCUUCCCUGCCGGCAGGCGCUGAGCACGCUCCUAUUCGAACAGCAGCAAAAAGAUGGCACGUUUACUGCUGGAGGGUACAUGCCACCCCUACGGUUCAAAGUUUUGACGUUAGUCGUGGUGUUCGGAACCAUGAUAGGUGGAAUUAUGAUACCAAAUGUGGAAACCAUUCUGGGUCUGACUGGAGCAACCAUGGGAAGUCUCAUUUGCUUCAUCCUUCCAGCCCUCAUUUAUAAGAAGAUCCUUAACAAGGGUGUGACCUCACAGUUUAUUCUGGGAGUCGGCCUGGUGAUUCUGGUGAUCAGCACGUACGCUACCAUGAUGGUUCCCCAGGAACCAUUGCCGCAAGUCAAGUCGGAGGUGCUGGGGAGAGAAGGAAUUCAAGACGGGAUGGUGGAUCUGGAACAAAACAUUCCCAAAAUAUCAGUCCAGAAACCUGUUGUGGAGGAGCCCGCUGAUGACCGGGACAAACCCAAGUUACCUCCGAAGAAGGAUGAAGUGGAACAGCCCCAGAUUAAGGGCCCCAUUGAAGUCCCCCAGCCAGUGGAGGAGAAAAGGAAGCAGGAAGAGGUCCAGCUGGACCGACCUGACAAAGGCAUUGCAGUCCCUGUUGGAGAGGCCCAUCGUCAUGAGCCCCCAGUUCCACGGGACGGAAUAGCUGUUGAUGAAAGGAUGGACCAAGAGGAGUCCGAGGAGAAGGUGGCCCCGGAGGCCAAGGUGGGAGCUGGUCUGAAGGAUGACAAACCACAAGCAAAACAAGAGAGCAAAAUUGAAGAGCAGCUUCCACCCCAAAAUGAAGUUAAUGGACCCCCACCUCAGCAGCCUCCCCAGGAGGAAGGGGUAGAGCAAAAAGAUCCCGAGAAGGUACCCGUAGUUAAGAAACAGGAGGUCGCACCACCAAAGAAAGAUCUGCAAGGAGACAAAGCCGAGAACCAAGUGGUGGAGAAGAAUGCAGAAGCAGCACCAGGAGACGAGAUGGACUUGGCAGAGGCGGAAAAAGCUCUAGAAAACCAGCUGAAGAAUGGUGAUGGGGGGGCAGGUGAGAAAGAGGGAAUUAAUCUGGCCCUGGCAGAGAAAUUUCUAGAAAAGCAGCUCCAGAAGGCCGACGUUGCAGCUGAAGAGAAAGAAAAAAAUGACCUGGCGUUGGUGGAGAAAGUCCUGAAAAAACAGGUUCAAGAAGAAGACCAGAAGGCACAAGCGCCUGGCGACGCAGUACCUGAGCAUCGUGAAGUCAGAAACGCUGAAGCAGUGGAGAGUCAAGAAGCUGAGCUCAGGAGGCUACAGCAACAUGCCGGGAAAGCAGAGAUGCUGGAUCACGCCAUCUUGUUACAAGUCAUUAAAGAACAACAGGUGCAGCAGAAACGUCUUCUGGAUCAGCAGGAGAAGCUGUUGGCCGUCAUCAAGGAGCAGCACAUGGAGAUCCACCAGGAGCAGCAAGGUGACAAGGCGGAGGGCCUCGCUCCGGAACAUCCACGGAGUAAAGAAGAGCUGAAAGCUGGGAGAGCAGAAGAUGAAGAUCCUGGUAAUAAGGAUCCGGCGCCAAACCAGCAAAGAAAAGACGCAGAGAGAGUCGCCUUGCCUGCACCUGAGAUGAAAGCCGCCCAGGAAAACAUUGUCCUGCAGAACAACAAUGAUCUGAAUGUCGUGAAAAAGGCUCCAGAGCCUGAGGUGGUGAAGAAGACGGAGGACCAUCUCGCUGUUCAGAGGGUUGGUGUUCCACAGCAAAAAGCAGAAGCUAUACUUCCAGCUGAGCAGGUGAUCCAUAUACAGAAGCCAGCGCAGGAAGAGGAGGGGCCAGGGAUGAAGCAAAACCAGGACAAGAGCAUUCUCAAAAACCAAGAUGGUGACCGUAAUGCAAAAGUGAACGAGGCCUUGCCUGGUCCUCCGGAGCAGAAGAUUGGUGUAGAACAGCAGGUCCCGGCAGAUAAGGUGGUAAAAAUAACAGGCUUGGAGCAGCAGAAGGCCCAACCUCAAGAGGGAGCUAAAGAGGUUAAAGUUCAAAGAGUGGACCAAGAUCUGCAAAGACCAAUUCCGAACCUUAAAGAGCUGAAUAACAAUCCAGCUGAUGCAGAAGCAGUGGAGGUGCCAAGGAAAGAGCCUGCAGUACCGGGAGAAGCUGGGGAGAACAAGAUGGAAGACGGCAAAGACGGGGCAGUGCCAGACAACGAACAGGGCAAACCCAACCGAGACCUGAAGCUGCAGAACGAUUUCGAUCUCCGGAGAAGAAAGAGAGACCUUGCCAACGAAGCGAUGGAGAGCGACGGGUCUCAUAUCAUCGGCUUCAACCACGCCCCCGACCCCAGAGUCAACGACCUCCACGGCGCACUUGAGGCUCAUCUUAACGCCGAAGCCGGAAUGCAAGUGGUCUACAGCCGGCAAAUCAAACAGCUGACCGAGAAGAAGAGGAGAUGACAGCCGAUUUGGACGGGGUUGUCGAUGGAACUGUGGAGACCAAAGUGGGUAACGGCUUGAAGAAGCCACCAGCUGCACUGCCUGAGCAGCCAUGAGAACCCCAAACCAAGCCAAAUCCUGCCAGUACUUGUAUUCCGCCCUCACUUCCGUCACAUGACCAAAAUAACUGAACUGUGUGCUGCCUCGGAAGUUUUAUUUUUGGUUUUUAAAGAGGACCUUUUAUUAUAGGAAUAUGGACACUGCCACAGGUAAUGUGCUUUUAAAGAGACUCUGUCACUUGUGGCAGGCUUUCCUGGAAGAGCAACCCCCCCCCCCCCCACUAUCCGCUUAUUCCAUGUCUUUGCUGCUUCAUUACAGCCCUCAGUACUUCUGGGUAUGGGGUGCAUGUGACCUCCUCCCACAAUGCAGCGUGAGGGCUUGAGCAGCCAAUCACCAGGCCCAAACUGUGUCACAUGAGGGAGGGGCGCAAGAGAUUACCGCUGUAUAAUGUCCGACAGCAGCCAACAUGCAGGUUACACAAAGUUUGAACUCCCUGCACUGAGAGAGGAAUAUUUUUUUUGGGGGGGCAGAAAAGAAGUGCAUCAGUGGGGGGCCUUUUCGCUUCACUUUGAGGUUCAUUUACACUAUUGUCUGUAGUUGGGGGUUUGUGCACAUCAAAUUAUUUUUCAAAGACGCACAUUGGUGUGAUUUGCACUGCCGUAUGAAUGAGGCCUUCAAAACAAGGAAAACCGCAUUCUCUCCCAUUUCCCUGUCCUGACGAAGUCCCCCAUGAAUGAGGUCUUCAAAAGAAGGAAGCGCUAUUCUCUCCCUGGCCUGACGAAGUCCCCCAUGAAUGAGGCCUUCAAAACAAGGAAGCGGUAU